AGUGCAGUGUGCUCCCGCAGUAGGUCGCGCGCCAUUGUUUUGUCCGGCAAAACGUUAGGUUUACUUCAUAGACCGUCAGUCGUGCCGCGUCGUCGAGUCGCAGCUGUGAUUGACAACGAGCUAGUGUUGACGUGCGCGCAUAGUUUAUUACGACUUCGAAAUGUCAUCUAAUAUAAUUAGCGAUAAAUAUGCAAACGACACGAAAUUGAACAGUUUUAGUGCAUUUACAGAUAAAAGUUUGGCGCCAAUAAACGGCCGGUAUAGAUCGAAGAGUUUGUCAAGUGAUAAGUUGAAUAAAACGAAUGCGGAUCGUGCGGCGAUAUUAGAAGACGUCGAAGACCAUCAUGUUACAGAGAAGUCUGAGACUCCAGGCUGCCUAGUCGGUAACAGAAUCACGGAGCAAGGAGGCCACAACACGAUGAAUGGAUUUAAAGAGGGCAAAGUAUCGUACGGCACAGACAGUCCGGCAAGAGGUCGCCGGGUCAUAUUCUGCGUGCACGGCAACCCUUCCACAGGAUGCUGUGCGGUCAUAGAAACCAACGCAGACGGAGACGAUGGCGAGCAACGCAAUGGAAGCAUUUCAGAAGUUGAAAGGCAUUGUCACAGAACGAGGAACGAAGAAAUAGACAAAAGGGCAAGAAGAAAGUUGAUCAUCGCCAGCAUAUUAUGUGUUAUAUUUAUGAUAGGUGAAAUUGUAGGUGGUUACUUAUCAAACAGUUUAGCGAUAGCCACAGAUGCUGCCCACCUUCUUACAGACUUUGCUAGCUUUAUGAUAUCACUGUUCUCACUAUGGGUGUCCAGCAGACCAGCUACACGACGAAUGCCGUUCGGCUGGUACCGUGCGGAGGUGAUAGGCGCGCUAACAUCGGUGCUCCUGAUCUGGGUGGUGACGGGGGUGCUGGUGUACAUGGCCGUGCAGCGCGUCAUCUACAAGCAGUUCGAGAUCAACGCCACCGUCAUGCUCAUCACCUCCGCUGUUGGAGUCGCCGUCAAUCUUAUUAUGGGCCUGACCCUCCACCAGCACGGCCACAGCCACGGCGGCGGCGGACACGGACACUCGCACGGAGGGAACAACCCCGUACUUAACAACAAGGAGCGCGCAGACUCGGACGCAGAGAGCGCGGCGUCUGGGCACGCGCACGCGCACGCGCAGGAGAACAUCAACGUCCGCGCCGCCUUCAUACACGUGUUGGGAGACUUCCUGCAGAGCUUCGGGGUACUCAUCGCCGCCAUCGUCAUUUAUUUCGAGCCGAGCUGGAGUCUGGUGGACCCAAUCUGCACGUUCCUGUUCUCCGUGCUCGUCCUCAUCACCACCUUCAACAUCAUCAAGGACACGCUCCUCGUGCUCAUGGAAGGAUCACCUAGGGGCGUAGACUUCCAGGAGGUGGCCAACACGUUCCUGUCGCUGCCGGGCGUGCUGCGGGUACACAACCUGCGCAUGUGGGCGCUGUCGCUCGACAAGACCGCGCUCUCCGCGCAUCUCGCCAUACGUGCCGGAGUUAGUCCGCAGAAGGUACUGGAAGAAGCUACCAGGCUGGUGCACGACAAGUACAAUUUCUUCGAGAUGACGCUCCAGAUCGAAGAGUUCAACGACGGCAUGGAGGACUGCAGCCAGUGCAAGAUGCCACAGGCUUGAGACACUACUUACCAACGUACAAACCUACGUCAAAAUACCUCAAACUAUCACUUUAUUACAAAGCCAUAAGGUUGAAAAUGUUUCAAAGAAUUGUGUGUUGCUAAUUCAGUUCAAUGUGUUUUCGACUUUAUGGUGAAGUAAUAGUCUAAAGUUUGAGGUAAGUUGAUGUGCUAUCUGAACGUACUCUGAGAUAAAUCACGUGGUUUGGCUUACUACUUACUUACACCAAAGAAAUUUUGGACCAGCUUCAUAAGUCCGUAAGAAAUUAAGGUGCCGUAUCGAUUGUAAUAAUAAUUAGAAAGUUAGCCAAACCACUCAUGGGCGCCUUCAGGGUUCAAGCAAAUGCAGCUACACUCCUAAUAGUCAAAAAUCAAUAUAAUAUAGACCUGUUUUUUAACAGAUCAAUGUUUUAACAGAACAGAUAAAUGUUUUAACAGAUCCUUCGUAUGAUUAUGUAUUAAAAUUGAAAAUACCUGAAAAACUAGUUUCCAGCUAAAAAAGACUAGACAAGUCUAUUGUCCACGAGUGACGCGGCGCGUCGAAUUUGUCGUUGGCGCUUCGGGGACAGUUUGUAUUGUUUAUAAGUAAGAUGCAAGUAUUUGUCAUUUGUAGGCCGCUUAUUGUCGUUCGGUUAUGGACAGUAGGCUCUAUUUUGAUUGCAGUUGCACAUUCCUUAAAAUAAUCUUGCCGGCGCCCAUGAAACUGCCCGUUUCGUAUUUAGACUAAGAGCCGGCGCGGAUCGCGCGACAGUAUUUAUUACAUUUUUAAAACACCCAAACCUCAUGCACAUUAAUUUAAACAAAACAUUGUUCAAAAUGUUUCAGAACGUUAAUUAUUUUAAAAUAGCUACAAAAUUUUGGUAGACACUAUUUUAAACUUGCUCCGUCAUUGGACCAAUGAAAUUAUUCAAGGUUGUACUUUAUUUUACAUUAUUUAGAAGGAGAGAGCUUCAUACAUAUUUGUAUUAGGCAUACAGUGCCUACGACUGCAUGUCCUAUAAAAAAAGAUUUAACCUACAACAUUAUCCUUUUACCAUUACCGAUGAAAAACAGCAGUUUCAUUGUUAAAAGACCUAAUAAACAAACUUAACAGCAACUGUGGGACUCAUAAGAUUUUAAUCGAUAGUGGCUCCCUCUACGUGUCAAAUAUAACAGUCUGAAACGUUAAUAAAAAAAUAAAUGUUGCAUGAUGAUAUUAACAUGUUUGCAAUAUUAUUCAUUGAUAUUAGUAUAAAAGGCCUUCUCUUGUUAAUGAAGCCUUAUAAAGUGCCUUUGGUUAUAGAAAACUUCGUCAUUUUCAUGAUCGAAAUAACUAAUUAAUUAUUAUAAAUAUUGUCACACAAAAAUGGCUGAUUUUCUUCUAGAAAGAAAAGUUAAUGUAAUUGUAGUAGUAUGAUAUUAGUAAAACAUUGAUAUUCCUAAGACUUCAGCCAAAAAUGUUUAAAGUAAGAGGCUACGUCUAUAUUUAGCUCUAAAUUAAUUAUGUCGGAGUAGAAAAAUACAUGUUUUCGAAGACAAUAAGAUAAAGCUACAAAAUAUGAUUCAAAUGCAUUUUAACGAUGUAAAUAUUUUUCUAUAUAACAAUAUUUUUUCAACGCUACCUACAAGAGAGUCUAUUUUUGUUAAAAACUACAAAUUACAAAGUUUCAGCUAAUAUAAUGUUAGUUAAAAUCCGAAUUUAUAAGCAGAACUGUACCUAAUUAUAAAUAAUUAAAAGUUUGAAUUUUAAUUAUUUGUAAUACUACAAUGUUAUUUGUAUAUAGCGUAAUAUUUAUUAGAAAGUAGUUUACGUUAAUUAUCGUGGUUAAAUCAUGUAAACAGUUAAAUAAUUUUAAGUUAUUCUACUAUGAAUAAAGAGAAAUCAAUAAAUGAACACAUUUUUGAGA